CCUUUUUAGCACAACUAUGAGGCAAUGACGUCAUGUAGCGACUUCUCGCGACUUUUACAACAGCCAAUAGCAACGUUCCUUACUGAGGAGGUGUCGACACUGUUGCGCACCAGACGUCCUUGAAGCACCGCCUCUCCAUUCUCACCAGUGUGGAGCCAAAUUCAAAGCAUGGAACACUUUCUUUUGUGGUCGGGGGACUGAGUCAUGAAGACUACUCUGAUGGCUUCAUCAAACACCACCUUCAGACCUCGCAGAGUCAGCGCCGAGCACUCCAGGUCCAGCUUGGUGCCCACCAAGAUGACGGGGGUGUUGGGGCAGUGGUGGCGCACCUCCUGGCACCACUGAAGCGGGAAAGGAGGAGCGCGGAACACUUUCUUUUGUGGUUGAGGGACUGAGGUGUGAGGACUACUCUGAUGGCUUCAUCGAACACCACCUUCAGACCUCGCAGAGUCAGCGCCGAGCACUCCAGGUCCAGCUUGGUGCCCACCAAGAUGACGGGGGGGUUGGGGCAGUGGUGGCGCACCUCCUGGCACCACUGAAGCGGGAAAGGAGGGUAUCGUCUUCCAUAGCUAAAGUCCCUGAGAAUUGUCAGCAGUCUCUUUCCUGGUUCAUUAUGAGAGGGCGUCUUGAAUAAUGUCCUCUUCUGGUGAAUGAUACUGGAGGAGGCGUGGCCAAUGUGGGCGUGGUUAGAGGAAAGGAGAGCACAUUAGCUUCAUUCAAUCUGCUGAUGCGGCACAAGCUGACUGAACAUUUGAUGACAUUCUCCACCUUUAUUUUCACAUUCUUCUCUUUGUCAGUGGAUCUCAUGACUGACUGCCAAAUGGUUCUGUCAGGCUUCACAGCAGAUGAGAAGAUGGAGCUGGAGAGCUUGAAGAUGUACAAGAAACAUCUUCUGGACGACAUCCAGAAGCUGAAACUGGAGAUAGACAGCGUCAUGGCCGAAGUGCUCAGCUUUGAGUCGACCGAGGCCGAGGAAAGCAGAAGCAUGGAAAAGAAGCAGUUCUUCAACGGCAAGAAGAAGUUCAACAUGGACCCCAAGAAGGGUAUAAAUUACCUGGUGGACAACAAGCUGUUAAGCAGAAGCGCUGGAUGCAUCGCAGAGUUCCUCUACAAGGAAGAAGGACUCAACAAGACAGCUAUUGGAGACUUCCUGGGAGAAAGAGAUGAGUUCCACCUGCAGACCCUGAAGGCCUUCGUAGAACUUCAUGAGUUCUCAGACCUCAACCUGGUCCAAGCACUCAGACAGUUCCUGUGGAGCUUCCGUCUGCCCGGCGAGGCCCAGAAGAUCGACCGCAUGAUGGAAGCCUUCGCCAAGCGCUACUGCGAUUGCAACGUCAGCGUCUUCCAGUCCACAGACACGUGCUACAUCCUGUCCUUCGCCAUCAUCAUGUUGAACACCAGCCUGCACAACCCCAACGUGAAGGACAAGACCACGCUGGAACGCUUCGUCUCCAUGAACAGAGGCAUCAACAACGGCGAGGACCUCCCCCGCGACCUGCUCUCGAAACUAUACGAGAGCAUCCGUAACGAGCCGUUCAAAAUCCCGGAGGACGACGGGUUGGAUCUCACGCACACCUUCUUCAACCCAGACAGAGAAGGAUGGCUCCUAAAACUUGGAGGUCGCGUGAAGACCUGGAAGAGGCGAUGGUUCAUCCUGACCGACAGUUGUCUUUACUACUUUGAGUUCACCGCCGACAAGGAGCCCAGAGGCAUCAUCCCUCUGGAGAACCUCAGCGUGAGAGAAGUUCCUUUCCCCCGCAAGCCGUUCUGCCUGGAGCUCUACCAGCCUAACAGUCGAGGGCAGAAGAUCAAAGCGUGCAAGACGGAGACGGACGGGCGGGUGGUGGAAGGCAAGCAUCAGUCCUACGCCAUCUGUGCCGCCAGCGCCGAGGAGCGCGACUCCUGGAUCGCCGCCAUCAGGGCGAGCAUGACCAAGGACCCGUUCUACGACCUGGUGUCGCAACGCAAGAAGAAGCUGAUCAAGCAGAACCAGAACCAACAGGACUGAACUGGAGGUCUGCUGCCCUCCUACUGUACAUUUUACUGUAAGUGUGUGUGUGUGUGUGUGUGUGUUCUUGUAUUUAUACCCUUCUUGAGACAUCAACAAGGAAAAGUAGCUUCCAUAUGAGGAGGUGUGAACCAGUUAGGACAUAAAUCAUGGUCCCAAUACGGAAAACCAUUGCAUCUAAUAGAGAAUGUGUCAUUUGCUCCCUGGUGGUGAAAUCUAUCAAAAUGAGGGUGGUCCUAAAAAGGAGGGAUUUUUAAAAAUUUACUGUGUGUCGGUUUUAAAAGUGCUCCCCCUCUGGUCAACAUAUGAAAUAACAAGUGUGUGUAAGAAAUUGAAAUGCACCCCCUUUGGUCAAAAUUCAUAAAAUAUGUAUAUAGAAACAUACUGUAAUAACUUGAAGUAUAUAAUGAAGAUUAAAAACAAAAAAUAAAUAAAUAAAAUAACAAAAAGCUUACCUUUUUUAUAUUUGCAUAGUUUGUAUAUAUUAUUAAUGUUGUAAAUACAAAUCUUUAUAUAUGUAGAAAGGGUGGUCGUAAAGAGGUAGGCAUUUUUCGGAGGUCUCAAGAAGGUGUGAACUACAAGACCGUGUGUGAGGACACACAGCGAGUCCUUUUAAGCUCAGAAGAAGCAAGUCAGCGACACUUUUAAAGACUUUUAAAGAAGAGACAAGAACAAACUGGACUCGAUCGUCACUUGAAAGCAAAAAAAACAAAAGUCUUCUGAUUUCUGACUUCCUCUUCCUCGUCAGCAGCGGCUUGACUUCUGCUUUCGUUUGCACAAUAAAAUCUUGUUCUUGCUGGAAUAGGAAUAGCAAGGUACAAAUAUUAUUGUGAACAUCACUUCCUGCUCGGAGGCUUUAAUAUUUUUGUCUUUUCAUUUUGUCACAUGCUGCAGGGAACGUUAAAAGUGUCAUUUCACCGGGGCCGUUUGCUUUUCAAAAUAAAGGUUCCGCUGAUGACAUAUUCAACCUCAACAUGUUUGUUUAUCAAAUAAUUUCACAUCUGAGUCGCCAUUUUUAUUUAUUCUGAUAAUGACUCGAAUAAUGCUUCUCGCAAUUGCCAUUUAAAUUUUUUUAUUUUAGGCCAACUGAGCUUUUUCACUGCACGCAUACGUCAGGAGGAGCUUAUUUUAUUUCAUUAUUAUUAUAAGAUUUCAUCUUCUACAUGCUUCCUAAGUCCAAAACAAUUCCUUUCAGUAAAAGGACUAAGUGUAUAUACUGAAUAGAAAAAUAAAUAUGUAUAAUAAAAAUUAAUGGAAGUAACAGGACUGAGUUUUUAGCAUGUAUAAAUGGAAAAAAAAAAGUAAAUAUUACAAAAAAAUAAUGGAAGUGACAGGACUGAGUUUUUGGCACGCAUAAAUUAAAAGGAAAAAUAAAUAUACAAAAUAAUGGAAGUAACAGGACUGAGUUUUUAGCAUGUAUAAUCUUAAGAGAAAAUUAAAUAUAACCAAUAAUGGAAGUAACAGGACUGCGUUUUUUAGCUCGUACAAACUAAAAAGAAAAAUAAAUAUUAUAAUAAAAAUAAUGGCAGUAACAGGACUAAGUGUUUAGCUUGUAUAAAAUGAAAAUAAAUAUUAUGAAAAAUAAUGGAAGUAACAGGACUGAGUUUUUGGCAUGUAUAAACUAUUUUUUUUAUAUACAAAAUAAUAAUAAUGGAAGUAACAGGACUGAAUUUUUGGCAUGUAUAAACUAAAAUGAAAAAUAAAUAUAAAAAAAUAAUGGAAGUAACAGGACUGAGUUUUGGGCAUGUAAAAACUAAAAUGAAAAAUAGAUAUGAAAAAUAAUAGCAGUAACAUGACUGAGUUUUUAGCAUGUCUAAACUAAAAAGAAAAAUAAAUAUUAUACAAAAUAAUGGAAGUAACAGGACUGAGUUUUGGGCAUGUAUAAACUAAAAAGAAAAAUAAAUAUUAUAAAAAAUAAUGGAAGUAACAGGACUGAGUUUUUAGCAUGCAUAAACUAAAAAUAAAACUAAAUCAAUAUUACAAAAAAUUGAUGGAAGUAAGAGGACUGAGUUUUUAGCAUGUCUACAAUAACAUAUAAAUAUAAAAAAUAAUGGAAUUAACAGGCCUGAUGUGAUAAUCCAAGCCUCCGUCGUGGUUGAAAUAUGGAAUAUUGAUACAAAUUAAAUGUAUUUCGUUCUUCACUGAGAUGCGAAUGAUGCAACUUCCUGUGUGACCAUGUGACUUGCAGAAUAUUCCAUAUUUUCAGGGGGGGAUGAUAUGUUACGACACUAACAGGACUGAAUAAAAAGAUAGAAACAGCAUUUUUUUCAAAAGUAUGAAUUUUCUCGUAGAUUUAAACGUUUAAAUUUAAAUACACUUUUGCACUCUAGAUAAUUGAAUUGAUUUUUCAAAUGGUAUUAAGUUAGGUGAAUGUGCAGGACACAUU